UUUCCAUCUAUAAAUACAGUCUUUCGACAUACAGAGAGCUUCUCACAUUGCAAUCAGACACAGAGAGAGUGAAAAAUGGCGACUCUUAAGGUUCCUUCCAGUGUUCCCUCCCCUGCUGAGGAUGCAGAGCAACUCCACAAGGCCUUUCUAGGAUGGGGCACAAAUGAGGCAUUGAUUAUCUCUAUAUUGGCUCAUAGGAAUGGCGCACAGCGUGCCUUAAUUCGAAAAACUUACAAUGAAGCCUUUGGUGAAGAUCUUCUCACAUCCCUUGACAAAGAACUUUCAAGCGAUUUUGAGCGGGCUAUACUGGUAUGGACGUUGGAGCCAGCGGAGCGGGAUGCCUUCUUGGCUAAUGAAUCAACAAAGAGGCUUACUUCAAGCAACUGGGUUAUCAUGGAAAUUGCUUGCACUAGGUCCUCAAUUGACCUAUUCAAGGCGAAGCAGGCUUAUCAUGCUCGUUUUAAGAAAUCAAUGGAGGAGGAUGUUGCUCAUCACACCAGCGGGGACUUUCGCAAGCUUUUGGUUCCCCUUUUAAGUGCAUUCCGCUAUGAGGGAGAUGAGGUGAACAUGCGUUUGGCUAAGUCCGAGGCUAAGAUACUUCGUGACAAGAUCUCGGACAAGGCUUACAAUGACGAUGAGAUAAUCAGGAUUCUGACAACAAGGAGCAAGGCACAGAUUAAUGCAACACUCAAUCACUACAACAAUGAGUUUGGAAAUGCAAUCAACAAGGAUUUGAAGCCGGAUUCCAACGAUGAAUUCCUGAAGCUACUCAGGGCAACAAUCAAGUGCUUGACAAGCCCUGAGAAGUACUUUGAGAAGGUUCUGAGGUUGGCCAUCAACAAGCAGGGGACAGAUGAAUGGGCUCUCACUAGAGUUGUUACCACAAGGGCAGAGGUGGACAUGGAACGCGUCAAAGAAGAGUAUCACAAAAGGAACAGCAUCCCGCUGGAACGUGCAAUUGCUGGAGACACUUCUGGGGACUAUGAGAAAAUGCUUCUUGCCUUGAUCGGUCAUGGAGAUGCUUAAUCGGUCUGGUCGAGCGGAGUUCUCAUUUCUGUUAAUAGUUUGUUUUGUUGCUUGAAAUAAGAACGAAGAAGUACCAAUGAGGUGUUUGAAAGAUGUAAUAGUACCCGUGCCUUGUGUCCAUGAUGGCUGCUUCCCUAUGCCUUGUGACCUUAAAUCUUUUCUUGAUUUCAAAUGUGAUAUUGUCUUCUA